AUGGAUGACACUUCUUGCGAAGAUUUUAGUCCAAAUCGCCUCAUAAGGGAGUUCUUAUGCGAACGGGUCCUAGUUUUUAAGGAACUCGCGGCUCUGAGGGACGAAGGUUGGGCAAACCCCUCAGGAGAUGAUUACUUCAAGCAGCAGCGCAAAAGAGCAGAUGAGGCUGGCCCAAAAGAACAACGUUGGUUCUUUCAUAUGAUGCAGCAAAUCGGCGAUGAGAUGGAAAAUGCUACUGGAUUUCUAUCUCAACUUGUCUGCGAAAAAGAUCCGCCGAAAGUUCUGGAUCUUUGUAUGGCUCCAGGAGGCUUCUCCGCUAUGAUACGACAACGUCUUCCCACGGCCGAAAUUCACGGCAUCAGUCUUCCACAUUCGAAGGGUGGUCAUAAGCUCCUUUUCGGUCAUUCUGACCCUCGAAUUCGUAUUCUUUUCACAGAUAUCACGAUGCAUUCGUCAGAAAUGGGUGCCACUAGCAUUCCGCCUGAUCACCCCGAGGCGGCUGCUUUCAUACAAUCACGACCCUAUCUAUCCGAGGCCUUUGACCUAGCAAUUUGCGACGGCCAAGUACUCCGUAACCAUCCUCGGCAGUCAUAUCGUGAGCAAGUCGAAGCUUCCCGACUUAUACUAAGCCAAUUGGUUUUCUCGUUACAGCGAAUCAAGCCUGGAGGGACUAUUGUCAUACUCCUCCACAAGUUGGACAGUUGGGAUAGCCUUGAACUACUUUACACGUUCAGCAAGUUUGCCCAAAUCCAACUUUUCAAACCGGAAAAGAAGCAUGCCAUGAGGUCUUCGUUCUACCUCAUAGCUAAAGGGAUGGAUCCGUAUGCGCCCUCUGCCUUGAGCGCAGUGGAAUCCUGGAAAGAAGCUUGGUCAUGCGUGACCUUCCGUUUCUGUAGAGAGAUAUUCCCUUCCGAACAGAUGGUAAAAACCAUGCUAGCUCAAUUUGGAGAAAGGCUCAUAGAGCUUGGGCUGCCACUCUGGAACAUUCAGGCCAAAGCUCUUCGAAGAUUGGGGUUUUUAAAACAAAAAGCCAAAUAA